AUGUAUCUUCAAACUGUGCCUCUACUUCUAAUCGCUGCAACUCAACUUUUGGAAUGCAUUUCUAAUCCUCUUCCUCAAAACAAUGACAAUAGUUUUGGAAAUCGAACCUUAACCAAGCGUAGCCCAAUGCAGGGUAAAGAAGAUCAUCACGGUGGUGCUUCAAGUAGUAGAGGUCCAGCACCAGCGCCAGCACAAUCAAGUUCAGGCCUUCGUCCAGGAAGACAAGUUUAUCGAGCUUUUGAUUCUGUUUCUGCAUCAACACCUUCAACAAUCCCUUCGCAAAGAUUACCAACACCACCGCCUCAACGUGAUAGACGUGAACGUAGGCGUCCAACACCGGCACAUUAUGCUGGAGAACAUUAUAAUGCAAGACGUCCUAAUCGUCACAAUUACAAUAGCGGCGGCGGUCGCCAUAGUAGUGGUGGUGGCUAUGGUAGCAGCAGUCCUGACACUCCACCACGUUACGGUACAGGAAAUUCUGGAGCAGGUGGAAGGAUUGCCGGAGGAUUAGUAGGAGCGGCUGUGGAAAGUACGAUUAUGACAUCUGCGGGAUAUCAACCAGAUAUCGUUGCUACUCACAAUCGUCAUGGUCGCCUUCAAACCAGUGUAGGUUAUUCAGCCGGCUACGGUAGAAGUGAUUCAUCCAACAGUGGUUCAAAUCCAUGCGAUGCCUGCAUAGGCUGCUGUGGUUGGCUUCUUGGCGGAGGUAGUGGUAGUGGUAGUGAUAGCCAACAGUAA